GCUCGGUGACCUCACAUUAAAGAGCCAUCUUGGUACGUUCCACGCGCAGGAGACGCAGCCGCAACGCGGUUAUGUUGACUUGAACAUUCAUACCACCCUCCGAGCACCGGUCAACCCGCAGGCCGCUCAAUCGUUCCUUACUUUCGAAGUUUACCAUCGUUCUGCCUGUGGUGCCUUUACACUGGUCUCCAAUGGCCAAGAUCCAUUCACUAUUCGAAGUGGUUGCCUUCCGCUGUGCGAGCGCAGUCUUUGCAUUUGCCGGGUUUCUUCUCAGCGCUCUUUCAGCUCUUGUACUUGCAAUUAUUCGGUGCUUCAUAACAGAACAAAAACCCAACUUGUCUGGCAUUCGACGCCAACCAGUCGACAAGAACCGGCCUGCCAAGUCGCCCCUGCAUCCAGCAAUGGAAUCGCAGAAGCAGCCAGCGACGCCCUCAUAUUCUGACUCAGAUGCGACUCUCGUCGAGGACGCUGCCAGUGCACGGGUGCACUUCAGAGAUACCCUCAUUGUACAUCUGAUUGCAGCCUCGCCUGUUUUGACCAACACCCGGCGGGUACGCACUUCAGAUGGCUUAUCGAGGGCAGGCUUGCUCGAGUCCUCAUGGAAACCGGGGUCAACUGCUUGCAAAGCAGCCGUGAAGCGUCUCCAAGGCGUUGUACCACAGCAUUCUCAGCCGCUACAAGCCCAGAGGAGCUCAGAGGUGGCCUCACGCCAAAGCGGAAAGGACAAGCCUGCCAUGAAACCGAUGGUGCUCAGGUCGGCAAGCAUGCCGCACCUGCCACAAAUGAAGCGCUCGCCAAAGUUCACUAUAAGUGCAGCAGCGCACGAUAAGCUGCUUCGCAAACGUCCAGCCAAAGUUUCAAAGACGAGCGCACUGCACGAGGCGCCUCAUUACGUCGCCCUUCCGGGGCUUUCAUCACCAGCAGGCGAUGCGACGGGUCGAGGUCGCAAGGAAAGCACGAUGUCUGGCGUCAAGUUCGAGCAGUAUCACCAAUGGAGUCGUAAGGCAAAGUCGAUGCGAAACCUGAAAGCCGCGCAGUCAGAUGUCACUGUCCACAUGUCCGCUUCCACCGGCCCCUCGCUAUGCUCGAAGAUACAGACUCGGAGACUAGCUAUCUGGCAUGCUGCCCCGCAACGCUCGAUCAGCUCGGUGCUGCUAUCUGCCGCGGAGGCAGAGAAAGGGUCGCAUCCCAGUAGGGUCAGUGGCGAUGGCCUACCGGUUCGCCCACGAUCCGUCUCGGGAAAUGACAUUCCUCAGCGACCCCUUGGAGCGCUGUCUGAAGAACAAUCGCCACCCUUUACGAAACUCUUCAUGCGUUCCAUGAGCACAACUGCACUCACGGAGCUUGCAGCGCCUGAGGUCGUGGCUUCACGCAGACCAUGGUUUACCCGAUUUCGACGUCGAGCGAAAUCUGUUUCAUCCGAGCGACUUGUUAGAUCAUGACGCUAUUGCAGAGGCUCACUUGCUUCCUUUCCAGCUGCUUAUUAUUA